AUGAAGUUCUCCUUGGUAGCACUGGCAACCCUGGCUGGGGUUGCUGUUGCUGAUUUGGAUCCCAUCGUCAUCAAGGGUUCCAAGUUCUUCUAUUCUAGCAAUGACACUCAAUUCUUCAUGCGUGGAAUCGCCUAUCAACAGGAAAGCACAACCAGCAGUGGCUACACUGACCCUCUCGCCGAUCCCACCGCCUGUGCGCGUGAUGUGCCCAUCAUGGCGAAGCUGCGCACCAACGUUAUCCGUACCUAUGCCAUCAACGCCUCUGCUGACCACUCGGAGUGUAUGAAGCUCUUGGCGGACGCGGGUAUCUACGUGAUCUCCGAUCUAUCCAACCCCAAUCUAUCGAUUGAUCGAAGCGAUCCUACGUGGGAAACCGAUCUCUUUGCCCGAUACACCAGUGUUGUUGAUGAACUGGCCCAGUACAACAACACCAUUGGUUUCUUCGCUGGAAAUGAGGUUGCCAACAGCGUCAAUACUUCCGACUCCAGCGCUUUCGUCAAGGCCGCCGUUCGUGAUACCAAGAAGUACAUCAAGAACAAGGGCUACCGCCCUAUGGGUGUUGGAUAUGCUACCGCCGAUGUGGCCGACAUCCGUGCGGACAUGGCCGAUUACUUCAACUGCGGUGAGGCCGACGAGUCUAUUGACUUCUGGGGAUACAACAUCUACUCGUGGUGCGGCGAGUCGACCUACGCGAAAUCUGGAUACAAGGAUCGCACCGAAGAGUUUGCCAACUACUCCGUCCCUGUCUUCUUCGCCGAGUACGGUUGCAACGAGGAGGCCAACAACUACGGUCUGGUUUCCGUCGUCGAUAGCACCAGUGUCAGCACCAUGGCCGACUUCAAGUACUAUUCCAGCCAGAUUGCCAGUGUCAACCCCACUGGUGUCAAGAAGGCCUCCUACACUCCCACCAACACUGCCCUGCGAAGCUGCCCUACUGUCGGAUCCUCGUGGUCCGCUGAACCUUCCCCUCUGCCCCCUGUCGCCGAUAUCCAGCUGUGCGACUGCAUGUACGAUGCCUCCGCCUGCGUUGUCGCCGAUUCCCUCUCCUCGACGAAGUACGCCAAGCUGUUCAGCACUGUCUGCGGUUACACCGACUGCAGCGGACUGACCGCCAAUGCCACCACCGGCGAGUACGGUGCUUACAGCAUGUGCUCGACCAAGCAGCAACUCGCCUUUGCUCUGAACAAGUACUACGUUGAGCAGAACCGUGCUGCCGAUGCUUGUAGCUUCGCCGGGUCUGCAACCGUCAAGUCUGUGACCAAGGCCACUGGCACUUGCGCUACACAGAUGAAGGAGGCUGGAACUGCUGGAACUGGAACUAUUACCACUGAGAACACUGGCACGGCGGGCUCUGGCUCUGCUUCCUCGACGGGCUCGUCGACCACAUCUAGCAGCGGCGCUAUCAGCAUGCACUCCAGCUCUUCGUUCGGCUCUUUCCAGGUGGCUGCCUACAUUGCCACCGCACUCCUGGCGGGUGUUGGAAUGAUCGCUCUGUAG